AGUUAAUGCAAAGCUAAACGGAUGCUCUGGAGCCUUCGAGUAGUAACGGGGUGCGAGUGCAGAACUACAUUUCCCAGCGGGCCUCGGGCUCAGGGGUCUCUUUCUCUUGGUCGGGACUCCAGAGUCGCCCUUGCCCCCGGCGCUUGCUUUUCAAAAUGUCCAGCAAAGAAUCUUGUGGAAAAACAGAGACAUCUCAGAGAAAAGACAUCACCUCAUUAUCCAACUUUGAUGAAGAAGAUAAGAAAGAUAAAAGAACCUCAGGAAGUUCUGUGAGUUCAUCUUGCUCUAGAAAUGUUUCAUCAGAGAAGAGAAAACUGAAAUCAGAUCAUAUAGACAUUCUGAACUGUAAUAUAAAAAGAAGACAAGAUCUGAAAAGACCAAAUGUAGACCCUGACAUUCCAAGAAAGAGACCAAAACUGACUUCGUCAUCCCAAGGACCUGUUACACUCCAAGAAGCAUCAUAUUCUAAUGAUAAUCAAAUUAUUUCACAAAGUCCUUCUUCAGAUGGAACUAAACAACAUAAGAGUAAAUGUGUAGAUUUGAAAGUGAAAGAUAUUAAACUGACAAAUGUUAGGAGUAACCUUGACCAUGGAAUUAAAAACCAUAGCGGUCCUAAAAUUGCCAAAGAUGUGAAACCUGAAGCUGAAGGCCAGGCCAGUGAAAGAGCCUGGCCUCGUGUGCUUGCUCAGAGGGAGAAGAUGAAGGAGCCCAGGAAAGAAAGGCACAAUAGAUACAGAGACACUUCUGAAAAACGGGUUAUGGAAAAAUGCAAGAGAAUUCAGUUUUCUCAGGAUUAUAAUUCCAACAAGAUCAUUAAAGAACCCUGUGAAUCCAGAAGAAAGAAAGUCAGUUUCAGAAUUCCAGUAAAAUCUCACGAUACCCAUCAGAAACUUGUAGAAGAAAAUGUUUUCCUUUUAGAUUCCAGCAAGUCAAGGACUAAGCAGAAGAGAAAAGGACGCCAGGAAAGCUUUCAGGGUCCAUCAGAUCUGAUGAGGCACAAGAGUAAACAUUUAUUUUCAGAUUCCACUUAUAAGCAGACGGUUCAUGAGUGGAAAGGAAAAUCUCAUUAUGAGCAUCAAGAAAAUAAUGACUCAACUGCAAGCAAAAACCUAACCCAGAUUUUUGAAGCACGAUGUUCUUCAGUGUCAUAUGAAAUUAUUCAAGAUACAGAUGAAGAGAUGCAGAUAGUGGAAGAGCUUCACGCUGCACGUGUGGGGAAGAGUGUGGACUUGCCCGUGGUCCCCCCUCCCGGGGAGCUGUCCAGUAUGGAGAUCGACUUGGUGGAAGACGAUAUGCAUUCCUCUGCUGCAAAUGCAGCUUCAGACAAACAACUUCUAAUUGUUAUUGAUACAAAUAUUCUGAUGAAUCAUCUCAAAUUUGUUAGAAUUUUGAAGACAACAGAAGUCCCAGGCUUUGACAGGCUUGUGUUAAUCAUUCCUUGGGUUGUGGUGCAAGAGCUAGAUCGAAUGAAGGCAGGAAAACUACUGAAAUAUGCCCAGCACAAAGCCAUACCUGCGGUCCGUUUUAUCAAUGACAGUCUCAGAGAUCAGGACAGAAAACUAUGGGGUCAGUCCAUACAACUUGCGUCUCAGAAACUUUAUGGAUUGAGUGAUGAGAACAAUGAUGAUCGAGUAUUAAAAUGCUGUCUUCAGUACCAGGAAUUAUUCCCUAGUUCUCUUGUUAUUCUGUGCACGGACGAUAGAAAUUUAAGAAACAAAGGCCUAAUAAGUGGUGUGAAGUCACUCAGUAAAGAAGAACUGAGUGCAGAGUUCUUAAGCUUGUCCUCGGGCGUAGCUGUGUACCAUCAGUCUUGUGCAUCUAAGCAACAGUUGAAAGCAGAAGCAGUAUCUUUGGGAGAGAGUAAUGAGGAAAAAUCUACAAAUUCUGGACUACUUAUUCUACUUGAAGGCAUAGUGUCUGAUCUCGAAAAAUCUCUUGGAACAGCUUUAUCUUCAAUAUUAGAAACAGAAAUGAAAAUCGCUUUUGGAAACCUCUGGAUGGAUAUGCUGUACUUGAAACCACCAUGGACUCUGAUGCAUUUAAUACAGUGCUUUAAAAAACAUUGGUUGGCUGUAUUUGGAUUAAUUAUGGAAAAGAACUUGCUUUUAACUGUUGAGAGCUUACAUGAAAAUCUCUGUAAAGCUAACAGUGCAGUGGAUUUUGCAACGGUGAAAUUCCUGCUCCAGGAUUCCCAAAGCCUGUUACAUGCCUUCAGUACAAGGUCAAAUUAUGACGGUGUUCUUCCGCAGGCCUUUGCUCAAGUCAACACACUACUUAAGACGUUUGCAGAGGCCAAGGCAAAACUUAAUCAAAAUGCUGCAGAAAAGACAGCAGGUAAAAAGCAAGAAGCUAAUUCUCCAGAGAAGUCUAACAACCAAGAAAUCACCGUUUUCUCAGGUUCUUAUCCACCCCAACCCAACAAGCAUCAAGAAAUCUGGUCUGUCUUAGAGAGCGUUUGGAUUACAAUAUAUGAGAACAGCACAGAUGUGUUUCAGAGAUUGGGCUCAAAUUCAGCUCAGACCUCCUCAAAAAUAGCAUCAUUCGAAGAAGCAUUUAUCUACCUUCAAAAGUUAAUGGCAGCUGUGAAGAAUAUUCUUGAAGGAAUUCAGAGGAUUUUGGUCCCCAACAGUAGUUCUCAAGAUGUUGAGACCCUCUAUAAUGUCUUAAUCAAGUAUGAGGUACAUGAAAGUGUCAAAUUUACUGCCCAGGAGCUUUAUGAUUGUGUUUCCCAGACUGAGUAUCGGGAAAGGUUAACCAUCGGGUGCCGCCAGCUGGAGGAGAUGGAGCGCGCCAUGCAGCAGUGCCACGCCUCUGUGUACCCCGAGGCCAGAAACCGGGGCUGGUGUGAAGACUUGCUCAGCGACAGGACCACAGUCUGACUGCCUCAAGAACAAUAGAGUAGCUUUCGACCUUUGAAGCCAAACCCAAGGGACUUGUAAGAAAUGUCUCAUUUGUAUAAAAGGGUGAUUGCUCAUUACUGAGUCUCACUGAGGUUCUCUGAAAGCCUAACGCGUCCAUUGCGGGAUAAACCGUAGUCAGCUCCUCUGAAGCUGACAGUACCUCCCUACCUCCCUGAUGCUGAGCCGGUGUGUUUAAGGAGAGGAGAGGCGCCUUGUUAGUCGUCUGGGGGCAGGAGCCCCUGUGGCAUCUGAGGAAGGCACAGUGGCAGCAUCUUUCAACCCUGCAUAUGCCUGUGUGACCAGCAGCACUUCCAAACUCCAAGGAACAAUUAGGACAUGACCAUUCCAGUCUUACCCAGGGCUCUUGUAUGAUCCAAGUGUCAUCCAUGUAGACCUGGUGAAUAUAGUACACAUCCCUUACACUUCCCCAAGGUACUGGAAAUUGAAGUUUUACUUCAGUUCCAACUUGCAGUAAGUCUUUCUUCUUCCCUGAGGUUCGCACUUUUCUGUGCGUGUCUCAGGGAGGGACCCCUGUGCUGAGUUUCCCCUUACGUAGCAAACAGCGAAAUUUAUGGGAGUAGGUGGCCCUGACCUAUGUUUGCUCCUAACUAAACCAAGUGUCUGACUGACUUCUUAUGUAGGUACAGAGCACGUUGGAAGUCCUUGUUUAAUAGAGUAUAUUAUGUAAUACAUUAGGCUAAAUCUAAUUUGGUGUUCUAUUAUAAAUGUUAAUUUAUUUUUUUAAAAAGCAGUACAUUAUGUUUAGUGAGAUUUUUACUUUUAAUUUUACCUCCAAAUUGUAUUUGAGCUGCGUACAAGGCACUAUAAGAGUGAGCCCCGCCAACGACAGCACCUACUCAGGAUGCUCACGAG